AUGCGUAUCGUACGAUAUAACACCUUUUCCGAGAAAGGAACAAAUCGAAUUGAUGAUAUCCAAGAUAAUUCCAUUUUGCGAAGAGGUAGUCCUGUCGCUCAUUCUGUUUAUGGAAUUGCUAGCUCACUAAACGCUGCAAAUUAUUUAUUAUUUAUCGCAUUGGAAAGAAUUGUUAAUUUGCAUCCUGCAGCGACAAAAGUGUAUAUGGAACAGAUGUUAGAAGUUUUUAGAGGUCAAGGAAUAGAAAUUUUUUGGCGGGAUAAUCUCAUUUGUCCAAGUGAGGCGGACUAUAAGACUAUGGCAAUGAAAAAGGCUGGUGGUUUCUUUAAUUUAAUGGUAACAUUAAUGAAAUUAUUCUCAACAUACAAAGAAGACUUAUCAUCGCUAAGUAUUAUUUUGGGUUUGCACUUCCAAAUACGCGAUGAUUAUGGCAUUUUGAAUAGCGAUAAGUAUACCGAAAAUAAGGGUUAUUGCGAUGAUUUGAGUGAAGGAAAGUUCAGCUUUCCCAUUGUUCAUGCGCUUACAAUGAAUCCUGAUGAUAAGCAAAUAAUAUAUAUUCUGAAACAACUAACCAAAGAAAUCGAAUUGAAACAUCAUUGCGUUAAAUUGUUAGAGAAAUUUGGCUCUUUCGAAUACACGAAAAAUGUACUUGAAGACUUGGACGUGAAAGCGAGAGCUGAGAUUAAACGUUUAGGAGGCAAUCCAAUUGAUGAUAUCCAAGAUAAUUCCAUUUUGCGAAGAGGUAGUCCUGUCGCUCAUUCUGUUUAUGGAAUUGCUAGCUCACUAAAUGCUGCAACCUAUUUAGUAUUAAUCGCAUUGGAAAGAAUUGUUAAUUUGCAUCCUGCAUAUAGGAAAAGUAAGAGUUACUGCUAA